AUGAAACCCGCCAUCUUGUCGCGCCGAGCAGGAGAAGAAGAUAUGGCCGACUACAGCAGCGUGGCUCCGCCGUCCUCUAACGCCGGUGGCGGGAUGAACGACGCUUUUAAAGACGCUCUGCAGCGAGCACGACAGAUCGCAGCGAAGAUCGGUGGCGACGGCGUUGCGGCACCUCCAACCAGUGAAUUUGGCUACGGAGGCCAGAAAAGGCCCCUGGAGGACGCUGGUGGGUAUUUUCCCAUGCCUAACCUGAAUAUCGACCAACCAGAGACCAAGAAAGUGGCUACAAAUGACGCCUUUUCAGCAAUGGGAGGAAUGGGUGGCGGUCCCCCAAGGUCAUUAUCAGAAGAGUUCAAGGUUCCCGAUGGCAUGGUUGGAUUCAUUAUCGGAAGAGGAGGCGAGCAAAUAUCACGUCUGCAGCAAGACUCUGGAUGUAAAAUACAGAUCGCCCCUGACAGUGGAGGAAUGCCAGACCGGUCUGUGACGUUAACAGGACCACCAGAAUCGAUCCAAGCUGCAAAGAGGCUACUAACAGACAUCGUUGAGAAGGGACGUCCAGCUCCAGCGUUCCACCACAACGACGGCCCGGGAAUGACCGUUCAAGAGAUCAUGGUUCCAGCCUCUAAAGCUGGACUCGUCAUUGGAAAGGGAGGAGAAACCAUCAAAAGCCUGCAGGAAAGAGCUGGCGUGAAGAUGGUCAUGAUCCAAGAUGGACCUCAAAACACUGGCGCAGACAAACCGCUCCGUAUUUCGGGAGAGCCCUUUAAAGUUCAGCAAGCAAAAGAGAUGGUGAUGGAGCUGAUCAGAGACCAGGGCUUCAGGGAGCAGAGGGGCGAGUAUGGCUCGAGGGUCGGAGGAGGUGGAGGAGGAGGAGGAGGAGGCGGCGGUGGCGGCGGAGGAGGAGGAGGAGGAGAUAGCUUGGAUGUCCCCGUCCCCCGGUUUGCAGUGGGUAUCGUUAUUGGCAGAAACGGAGAGAUGAUCAAGAAAAUACAGAAUGACACAGGCGUCAGGAUUCAGUUUAAACCAGAUGACGGCAGCACACCCGAGAGGAUAGCCCAGAUCAUGGGUCCUCCCGACCAGGCCCAGCACGCAGCCGAGAUCAUAUCCGACCUUCUGAGGAGCGUACAGGCCGGAGGACCUCCAGGUCACGGCGGCGGCAGAGGGCGUGGCCGCGGGCAGGGCAACUGGAACAUGGGCCCCCCUGGUGGCCUGCAGGAGUUCACCUUCACUGUCCCGACCAUGAAGACCGGCCUCAUAAUUGGGAAAGGUGGCGAGACAAUCAAGGGCAUUAGCCAGCAGUCUGGGGCCAGGAUCGAGCUACAGAGGAAUCCUCCACCCAACGCCGAUCCCAACAUCAAAAUGUUUACAGUCAGAGGCUCCCCACAACAGAUAGACUACGCGAGGCAGCUGGUGGAGGAGAAAAUUGGGGGACCAGUCACUCCAAUGGGUGGCCCACACGGUCCCCCCGGUCCCCAUGGAGGUCCAGGCCCACACGGUCCCCCUGGACCACCUGGACCCCCCGGGGCUCCCAUGGGUGGUCCAUACAACCCUGGACCGUACAACCAGGGACCUCCAGGGCCACAUGGUCCUCCUGCGCCUUACCAGCCUCAGGGAUGGGGCAACGGCUACCAGCACUGGCAGCAGGGUCAGCCCGAUCCAAGUGCGUACACUGAUAAAGCAGCAGCUGAUGCCAACGCCGCGGCGUGGGCUGCCUACUACGCCCAGUACGGCCAGCAGCCGCAGGCUCCCAUGACCCCGACGAGCGGAGCCCCUGGCACGACUCAAACCAACGGCCAAGGUGACCCACAGGCUGCAGGUCUGAGUGGACAGGCAGAUUACUCCAAGGCCUGGGAGGAAUAUUACAAGAAAACGGGUCAACAGGGUCAACAACCUCCAGACUACACGAAAGCCUGGGAGGAGUAUUACAAGAAACAAGGUCAAGCGACCCCUCAGGCCACCGCAGCAGCAGCAGCAGCGGCGGCGGCAGCGGCAGCCGCCCCCCAGCCCGGGGGCCAGCCCGACUACAGCGCUGCAUGGGCAGAGUACUACCGGCAGCAGGCUGCUUACUACGGUACAGCCAACCCCCAGUCGAUGGGCACAGCACCACAAGCCCCUCAGGGCCAGUAAUGUGAAGUGGACAUAAAGUAAAUGCUUCAUUGUCGAAAAAACAAAACCCUUUGUUUAAUGUUUGGAUGCAGACGCCUUGAUGAAGAUCUUAAAUUUCCUUGGUUUGAAAAAGUGUUUCACAUAGAUGAUGGCAGAUUUCCCGGCGAACACAUCCUCCUCCUCCUCCUUUAUUUUUUGUCUCUUCUAUAUAUUUUUGUUGUUUUCUCUUGUAAAUGCUUUUUGUUUUUAGUGAGGUAAUUAUACACAUGGUUCAUUCCAGCCCCUGUAUCUACAUUAAAUGUGCUUAGUAGAAGUCAUGUUUAAUUCAACUGUUGACAUUACCAUGUAAAUCAUCUCAGUUUUAAAAAUGCUAUUUGUGCUCCCAUGUUGUGUUUUUGCAAUAAAACAAACUGAAACCUCC